UACUUAUCCCUUCUCUUCAGAAGCUGUGUGAGUGUCGAGACCAAGGCCAGUCCGUAGUUAGCAACGACGAAGGGGAUAUAUAUAGUGUAGAAGGGAAUACAGAGCCAAAAGAGAACUCACAUCUACAAUAAGACGAAGGAUUCUGGAGCCGUUAUAAAGGCUGUUGUCUGAGAAACGGAGUGAACACCCGCGAACUAGACCAAGACGAGCCACAUCUGGGAGAAACUUGUCCAGCGAUUCAGGUGUAUUUUUUUCCUGUAGUCUUGGUUCUCAGAGUUCUCAAAGAUGAACAGAAACAUUAAAGGGCGGAUGGCCCGGCCACCUGGGUCACAAGGAGCUGAACUUGAAAAUCAGUUUAUUCUGAGGCUUCCAGCAGGCUCAUUGCAGGCCCAGGCUGCUUCCCUGCGUGAGGCCAUCAGACAUGGCCACACUAACAUCAAGGACCGCCUAGCCAUUCAGCUUGACUUCACCAACGACAAGGAUGACAUGAGGAAUGGUGUAAUCACAAUUGACACCAUCAUGUACAAAGCAAGGCUGAUGGACUACCCCACAAUAAUGGAAACAUGGAAGAGCAUUGAUGGUAAGAAUUUCUACAAGACAGCGGAUGUUUGCCAGAUGUUGAUGGUUAGGGAGGAAGAAGAUCCCCCUGAGGAAGAAGACUCUAAAAAGAAGAGGCGAGACCCCAACAAAGUAGACAAAAAAUACCUGUGGCCACAUGGUUACACCCCACCACUCAAAAAUGUCCGUAAACGACGUUUUAGGAAAACACUGAGAAAAAAGAACCUGGAUUUACCAGAAAUAGAAAAAGAAGUGAAACGUUUGUUGAGAACCGAUAAUGAAGCUACUUCUAUUCGAUGGGAAGUAAUUAGAGAAGAAGAUGAGAAAAAGAAUAAUGCUGAUACAAAUAUAUCAUCCUCAAACCUUGAUGAGCAACUCUUUGGAGGUGCUCUUAGCUCCUCAGAUGACGAAGUUGGACCAACUAUCAACAUCAUGGAUGAAGAUGAUGAUUCACGCCUCUCUGUGGAUGACAGCAGGUUUUCAGAAUCGUACCUGCAAAAUGAAGCUGGCAACAGUCCACCCUGCAAGCCGGGAGGGAGUGGUUCUGGAGUGCCACAGGUGACGGACUUCUCAGGGAUGUUCCAGAAGGAGGGUGACGGUGCCUCCUCCAAGCCCCAGAUGCCCUCCCCGUCCAAGGCCAGCAAAGGCAAGUCUGGGCGUUCCUCUUCCAAAAAGGGCAGCUCCUCAGGUGGUGGCCAUGGCAGGUCAUCAGAGGACGGUGGACACUCCUCCGACAGUACCAGUAAACUGUAUGCACGCAUAUCAAUGUUGGAAAAUGAGCUGACACUUCUGACACAACAACGUGCUGCACAGGAAGCAGAGAUAGCAAACAUUGAAAACCUUGCACUCAAACAGCGUUUCCUCAGUAAGCUGGCUGACAUAGAAACACACAUCAGGGAGAAAGAAGAUGAGAUCGAAGAAAUACGUCAUCAGCUGCAGGAGUAAAGGCUUUAUUCUCAGGUAAUAUUUUUUUUUCUUAUCUACAGUAGGCUCUCGCCAAUAAUGAUUUCCAAAAAUAAUGUUUUCUAACUAAGUUUCUACACUAAAGUUUGGAUUCUGUCAAAUAGCAGAUUUUUUGUGCUGGAAGGAACCGUCUGGGCGCAUCUUGGAUAGUGUUUGUUUGUCGCCAUCUUGAUGAUUUAGUAGUUAGACUUCCACCUAUUUCAUUAGAUUUAGUAUCACUAUCCCUUGAUCUCAUACUCCAAUAUAUAUUUUACACUACUUCUCUAUUUUCAUGUUCUUCAUAAGCCUCAGAGCAAAAUAGAAACACGAUUUUUAUCACUAUUAUUAUUAUUAUUUUUAUUUUUUUCUAUUAUACCUAUUGGGUGUCCCAUGGUCUGCAACAUCUUAGGUCAGAGCCUCUCCCGAGAUUACCACCUGGGAACAUACUACCCAGCAAUGUGGUCAAAGUAGCAGCAAAUGUAACAAUGUUGUGACUGCUUGGCUACUGAUACUGCACUGUACAUCGCUUUCCAGGAAUACAUCCUCGUUGUAUAUUGAGGUUAGCUUAAGCUCUGCUCAUUGUUAAUUCUCAGCAGUUUUAGACAAAAAUAAAUAAUUAUCAACACCUAACUUUGUCCAGUUACAUAAAUAGAAUGGAGGAAAUACAUUAUUAUAGAGCAAAUUUUCAUGCAGGACCUAUAUGUGGUGUCCUAAGCAUCAAACUUAGACCCAGUUUUGGGACAGUCAAAAAUUUUGAUAAAACUUGUUGAUUCAACCAGCAUAACAAUAAUGUUUACUUGACAGAACCCCUUGCCCAAAAAUAUUAUUAUUUAUUACUUAUCAGUAUGUCAUAAUAUAGUUUUUCAGUGAUGUUAAUAAGGCAGUCAUAAUGAAAGUUUUGAGAUGAGGUACAAAACACACGUUGAUAAUCCAGUACCCUGUCAUAUUUAUAAACCUGUCUUUAAGAUGACUAUUGGAGUCCUAAAAAAGACAGGUUGGUUAAGGUCAGGUAUGAGGUGGCCAGUGUGUGUGUUUGUGACUCAUUCUGAACUUCUUUUGAGUAUCAGGCAACAGGUGUGAGACUUUAUGAACUUAUCUUGGUAAAAAAAAUCACUUUAUUUAUUAAACAUUAAAAAAUA